AUGACUGAACCCGCACCUAUCCCUGAAGCUGGCGUAGUCGUAGUCGUACCCCAGCGUUGGUCAGGCUAUGCGGGGGAGCUCUACUCGAGUAGACUUCCUCCACCAGCGCUGGGCACGGUGAAAUUUGCAGAGCUAGAGGAGAAAGCCCGUCAAGUUCUGAAGGACGACGUCGCUGCGUUUCAGUAUGUCUCAAGUGGCGCAGGAACGUAUCAGACCUUGAACGACAACAUACGCGCAUUUGAGCGGUGGAAGAUCGUUCCCCAGAUGCUGAUAGACACCGCUAUGCGGGACCUCGAGACGACCAUCUUCGGCGUGAAACUUCCCUGCCCGCUGUUCAUUAGUCCAAUGGGUGCACAGGGUCUUGUACAUCCAGAGGGCGAACUUGCAACCGCUCGUGCAGCUGGGAAGCUUCAUGUGCCCAUGGUGCUCAGCACUCCCUCCACUCGAUCGCUCGAAAGCGUCGCACAGGCAAAUGGACCGAACUCCGUUCGCUGGUUUCAGUUGUACUGGCCUCGCAGUGAUGAAAUUACUCUCUCGCUCCUUGCGCGCGCCAAGGCUAACGGAUUUUCCGCGCUUGUUGUCACACUCGACACAAACAUUAAUGGUUGGAGAACACAUGACCUGUCCCGCGCAUAUGCUCCCGCGAUUCAUGGAGUCGGCGCGCAGAAUCUUAUGUCUGAUCCCGUCUUCAUGGCUCGCCAUGGCCUGGAGCCCAUCCACUAUCAACCGGCGUUCCCGUACAAUGCCGCUGCCAUAGACCAAGGUGUGCGAGAGGGUGAUGAGCUCGCCAAGCGCGACAUGAAACUCGGUGUCGCGUACGUACAGGAAGUUCAUUCGGGCGAAUGCAGGACGUGGGAGGACCUUCGAUUCAUCAGAGAUAAUUGGAAAGGCCCCCUGGUUCUAAAGGGCAUACAGACCGUCCGGGAUGCGGAGAAAGCGAUAGAGGUCGGCGCCAAUGGGAUUGUAGUUUCUAAUCAUGGGGGACGUCAGAUCGACGGGGCACUUCCAUCUAUAUACGCUCUCGAGACCAUAUGCAAGGCGCCAAGCAUCCGCGAAGCGCAAAGAUCCGGAAAGUUAACCGUACUUUUCGACUCGGGUAUCCGCAACGGGACGCAUGUCUUCAAGGCCCUCGCGCUCGGUGCGCAAGCAGUCCUUUUAGCUCGCCCUAUCCUUUUCGGGCUCGCAGUGGGUGGUCAAGCUGGCGUGGAGGAGGUCCUGCGGAGCGUGCUAGCAGAGCUCGAGAUCAGCAUGGGGCUCGCUGGUUAUAGCAAAGUGUCGGAGUUCCAGGGUGCGGGAGAGGAGGUCGUGACCAAGGUCGAUUACCUAUAA